CGUAAAACAGAUUCCCGAGAAACCAACAAAAAAAUCCUACUUUCUCUCUCUAUAUCAUCGUCCAUAUCUACCAUUCUCAUCCGAAUCUCUCCCAAACUGUUAUUCUGUUUUCUUCUUCUUCCUUAAAAACUCCUAUUCUUUUGUUUGGUUUCCAUUUUGAGUUGAGAAAAAGAUCAGUAAUGGGUUCGGUGGAGCAGAGGAUUCUUGUGACCGGCGGUGCAGGAUUUAUCGGCAGCCACACGGUGGUUCAGCUCCUCGAAGAAGGUUUUUCGGUUUCGAUUAUUGAUAAUCUCGACAAUUCCGUCAUUGAGGCUGUUGAUAGGGUUAAAGAAUUGGUGGGACCUGCCCUCUCCAAAAAGCUUCGUUUUCAUCUGGGUGAUUUAAGGAAUAAAGAUGAUCUGGAGAAGUUAUUUGCUCAAACUAGAUUUGAUGCUGUCAUCCAUUUUGCUGGCCUAAAAGCUGUAGGCGAGAGUGUUGCAUAUCCCCGUCGUUAUUUCGAUAAUAAUCUGAUUGGCACUAUUAACCUUUAUGAGGUUAUGGCAAAAUACGAUUGUAAAAAGAUGGUUUUCUCAUCGUCUGCAACUGUUUAUGGUCAACCAGAAAAGAUACCUUGUGUUGAGGAUUUCCAGUUGGUUGCUUUGAAUCCAUAUGGACGAACAAAGCUUUUCCUGGAAGAAAUUGCUAGAGAUAUUCACAAAGCAGAGCCAGAUUGGAAAAUUAUCUUGUUGAGGUACUUCAACCCUGUUGGUGCUCAUGAAAGUGGUAUGAUUGGUGAGGACCCAAAAGGCAUACCAAACAAUUUGAUGCCUUACAUACAGCAGGUAGCUGUGGGAAGGUUACCCGAGCUUAAUGUAUACGGUCAUGAUUACCCAACAAAGGAUGGUACUGCAGUCCGGGACUACAUACAUGUUAUGGACUUAGCAGAUGGCCACAUCGCUGCUCUUCGAAAGCUUUUUACAUCAGAUGACAUAGGUUGCACUGCUUACAACUUGGGUACUGGACAAGGAACAUCUGUGCUUGAAAUGGUUGCUGGAUUUGAAAAGGCUUCUGGCAAGAAAAUUCCCAUCAAACUAUGUCCAAGGAGGCCUGGAGAUGCUACAGCUGUUUAUGCAUCAACUGCAAAAGCUGAAAAAGAACUUGGUUGGAAGGCAAAAUAUGGCAUUGAAGAGAUGUGCCGAGAUCAGUGGGAGUGGGCAAGCAAAAAUCCAUGGGGUUACCAGUCUAAGCCUUGAAUGGCUUGGUUUGCAUUUUUAUUUAAGACAGGCCGAGUUAUACUAACCCCUCUCUCAGCUGAAAUACUGGUCAGAUUUAGAAAAGGAACCCCAUUGCAUAAGUUAUUGGACCACAUCACAAAUUUCCUGGAAGAAAUAAAUGUCAAAAGUUUCAACUUCCUAUGAGAAAUGUUUUAUUUAGCCUCUGUCUUUCUUCUUAGCUUUUGCUUAUUAGUAUGCUACAAGCAGCUAUGUGUGAACUGUGAAAAUGUGUAAAGAAUUGUUUCUCUUUCUAUAUAAGUACAUGCUUAUUAUUUUUCUCA